AUGUCGGAAAACGAAAGAAACAUCGAAAGUCAUCAUAAAAAGGAUCAAAACCCUGAUGAUUGUGAUUCCAAUAUAGCAGCGUCAGCUAGUGGUGUGUCGAGUGUUGCGGGCAGUGUUAAACAUUACAAGCAACAAGCAUCUUCGUCCGAGAGACAAAUAAAAUUUGAGAAGGCCCAAAAAUGCUUAGAGAAUGCUGUUCUCGUGUCGAAGAGGAUUAAAGAGCAUCGGAAAGCUACUGCUGAACUAUUGGGCCGUCCCUUUGAGGAAGAUGUCACCGACACAGCAUCGGAACUGGGAACCAACGUGAGUGAGAGGACCGGUUACUCCGUCUCAACUGAAGCUUCAACAUUAUCUGUUCAAGAUGCCCUUAACAUUCCCGGUAUAAGUGAGAGUUUGGCAAACACAUUGAAGCAGAAGGAAAUAUUGAUGGAAAGAAUUAAACAAUACAAAGAGAUCAAUAAACGACCAACAAAGAAAACAACUCCCACACCCACUAGAGGACUUUCGAGUGAAACUGCUGAUAAAAAGAUCACCGACAGUGCAGAUGUAUCGAAACUAAUGAGUUUAGUUAAAGAGAAAGAAAAUAGCUUGAGUGUUAUGCAAGUUAAAAUGAAGGCCAUGGAAAAUACUAUACUAGACUUACAGGAGAAAAUUACAGAGAAAGACCAAAUUAUUGAGGCUAAGAACAGAGCUACGACUUUAAUAUCUGAUAGUCUUAGUAAGAAAGAAAGGGAAACAUUAGAUUUAUUAGAAGACACAAAAGAACAGAUGACAAAAAUGCAAAGCAACUUUAUAGCCAUGGAAACUGAAUGGAAAGAUGAGAAACAGAAAUUAUUAAAUGAAUUGAAUGAAAAAAAUUGCACAAUCAAGAGUUUAGAAGAGGCAAAUACUAUACUUGAAAACGCAAGAUUCGAAAUCAGUAUUGAAAAUUCAAAAUUGUCUGAGGAAUUGGAAAAUAAAACUAAAGAAAUUGUUAGUUUACAAGAGAAGUUGCAACAGCUAUCAGAAAUCACCACCGAAGAAGUAAAAGAUAAUAUAGAAUCUGUGGAGGAAAAGGGCUCGAUAGAAAUAAAUAAUAUGGAGGAACUUACAAAGAAAAUCGAAUUAUUGGAACAGAUUAACUUUGAAAUACGACAGACGAAUAAGGAACUCGAAAGCCAACUGGCUACACUCACAGAAACUAAACCGGUCGUAUCACCAACUAAAAGAGGAAGUCCACUUCCGACGCGAAAAGGAGGCAGAAAUACAGCCUCAAAAAUGAAAUCUCCUUGGAGUCAAUUAUCCUCAGAAUCACUCCCUCAAGAACAGGAUAAAAAAUCAAAACCAGAUAAAACUAAAUCAGAUAUGUUACUACAAUCUCUUAACAAGGAAAUAUUAGACAAGGAAUAUGUUAUAUCUGAAAAGAAUCAACAGAUAAUGGAAUUGGAAAACCUCAUAAAAGAAAAGGAAACUAAAAUAAAUGAAUUGCUGUCCUCGAUAGAUGAUAAAGUUAUUGAAAAGACGGAUGCUGGUAUGACGACUGAUGCAGUGGAAACAGUAUUAAGUGAUGAUUCAGAACCUACGUUAAAUGUUAGUGAACUUCAACAUAAAUUAAAAUCAGCUGAAGAAACGAUUGCAUCUCUCAGCAUCGAAAUAGACAAUGCCAAUAAGAAUAUGAUCAAAGUGAAGUCCAACUCAAAACUAAAACUUAAACAAAUGCAGAAAACAAUUGAUAAUUUCAGUAAAAUAUCUGAUUCUAACGCCGAAAUAGUUAAAUUAAAUGAGGAAAUACACCUUCUGACACAAAGAGUAGCUGAAUUGGAAGUAGAGAAAGGUAAUCUACAAUUACAUCUUGUGGACUACGACAGUGGUAGAUUGACCGAAUCAGAUGUAUAUAAGAAACUCAUAGAAAUGGAAAAUGUAGCAGAGGCCAGGCUAAAGUCUAUUAGCUUACUAGAAACACAGAAGUUUGAUCUGGUUCAAGAGUUGCAUAGCUUGCAGCAGAAGAAUUUGGAGAUGGAAGAUAAAUUAGCAGAUAUAUCACAACUACAGAGCGAACAAGUGUCUUCUGAAAUGAAGUCCGUGCAAUUAGAAGAACAGAUUGACAAUCUCAUGGCUUGCAAGAAAGAGCUCGAACUGGUUAUAGACAAUCUGAAAUUGGAUAAAAACCAACUAGACGCAACUAUAAAAUCAUUACAACAAGAAAAAGACGAACUAGCACAGAAAUUAGAGAAUUAUAUACAAGAAAACAUGGAACUAGCUGAUAAAUUGGGCAAAUUGAGCGCGGAAAAAGUCAGUUCAGCUGAAUCUAUAGAAAUCGUCGAAUCUUUGACAUCACAAGAGAAAUUAGAGCUAGAAGAAUAUAGCAAGGGUCUUCAGACUGAACAGAAAACUGAAGACGGCGAAUACAAAGAUACUGACAAACAUGAUGCUGAAACGUCAAAAGAAAAAUUACUAGAAGAAAUCAUAGAAUUGAAGAAUAGAAUAGAACUAUUCACUGUGGAGAGGCAGGAGGUUAUGGAACGAAUGAGUAAGCUGUCCAUAGACAACGAAACGUUAAAUGAGAGUAUAGCAGUAUUAAAAGAAGAGUGUGAGACGCUGAAACGUAACAUAGACUCUCUGGACCAAGAGAGGAACCAGCUCGUAAUAGAUAAAGAAGAUCUUAAUAAACAACUAGAAGAAUUGAAGCAAGAGAAAUCUGAAAUUCUCAAAGAGACCGCCGACGUGGUUAAAUCAUCAGCCGCUGAUGACGUCACAGAUGGAACCACAGUUGAUUCAAGUCAACAAGACGACAAAACAACCGGAGACAAAGGAACCAGAAACAAGAGCGUAAAACAAUUAACAAAGGAAAUAUUAAAACUGAAAAAUACUAUAAAAGAAAGGGAAGAAGAUAUAGCCGACUGUCAAAUGAAAAUACUAUCAUUAGAAGAACAGCAAGAGAAACAUAAAGAAAUAUUACAGAGCCAAGCAGCGUUAGAGAAAUUAGUCAAGAAGCUGACAGAAGAAAAUAAUGAACUGAGAAAUGAAAUAGAAAGUAUAAAUAAGGACAAUAAGACGGAGCAACAGCAAAAUAUAUCACAAGCACAUGAAAUGAUGCAAAUGGAAGCGCAAAAACUACACCAAGAAUACACAGCUGCUAUCAACGCAAGAGACGCGAGGAUUCACGAGCUUGAGAACGUUUUGAUUGAAUAUGAAAAACAAGUCAUCAACUACAGCAACACACUACAACAGAAAGAUAAAGAACUAUCGGAAUAUAUAAACCAAAUAACCAAACUCAACGAUGUAUCACAGAAAUUGAAAUCAACUAUAGAUUUACUCGAAGAAGAAAAGUCGAAGGAUCAGAAUUCAGAAGUAAUCAAAUCAUUGAACAAACAAAUAGGAUUGUAUCAAAAGACUCUCUCUGAUACAGAAGAUAAACUCAGGAUAUUAGACGAAGAGAAAUCCCAACUGGCAUCGAUGAAGGCUAAACUUGAAAAUAUAAACGUCAAUCUCGAGAGUGAAUUGAAAAAAGUACAAGAUGUGCUAUCAGAAAAACAAUCACAGCUACAAGAGUUACAGGCGCAACAACAAAAACAUUCAGAGGAACUAGCUAACGCAAGAUUACAAGCUAAAGAACGAGACGAAGAGAUACAUGAGAUAAAAUUACAACUACGAAAAGAAUCUAUAGAUAACGAGAAACUACACAACAUUGUUGUUCAGAAGAGCAACGAAAUAAAUGAUCUAACUAAAAUGUAUGAAGCUGUUAAAGAAAAAUUGAGCUCCAUUUCUGACGAUAAGACCUCUCACGUAGAGCAAUACGCAGCUUUGGAAACCAAAAAUAAGGAGCUCAUGGAUAAGUUGAAGAAAUUUGCCGCUAGCAUCAAGAAGAAGUCAGCUAUGUACACCGAAUUGGAAAAUCAACUACAGGAGACACAAAAACAACUACAGAGCAAAAACGAAUCAUACGACCAGCUAUUGAUUCAAGUUGAAACACUGCCGGCCCUGCAAGAAAAAUUAAAACACGCAGAAGAAGAAUUUAACAGACUACAACAUCUUAAAAUAUCACUCGAGCAAAAGUCGCAACAAGUAUUGGCUUUGCAAUCAGAUAUAAACACAUUAAAACAGAACGCGGCUAAUGAUAGUGCAACCAUAUCAAGACUGAACGAAUCGAUUGAACUUCUCAAUAGAGAUUUGUACGUCCUUCAAGAGGAAAAUAAUAAUUACAAAACUCAAGUAGAAAGCUUAAACAAUAAGAUGGUUGAAUGUGAAAUAGACCAGAAAAAUUACACUAACCUCGUCACCAAAAUAUCUUGCUUGGAAUCAGAAUUAAUCCAAAAACAGGCGCAUAUAACUGAGCUUUCAAACCAAAUUGAGAUGCACAACGAAAAGCUAAAUCAAGUGCAAUAUGGCCAAGACGCGAAAGUACAAGAACGAGAAAUGUACAUAGAAAAUUUACAGUGCGAAAUAGACAAAUAUAAGAACAGAAUUGAACGUCUCGAACAAUGCAUUUCAACUAUGGAGAGUACUCGGCAAUCUUUAGAGAGGAAGGCGGAUGAUUUAGGUUCGCAGUUACAUGAAAAGCGGAAAGCGUAUAACGAGUACAUGAAUCAGGAAGACGAAUUGGUGGCCAGACUGGCUGUCUUGAUGGAUCAUGACAGGGUUGUAGAGAAACAACUGCAUGAAAUAGAUACUGAGAACAAGGAACUACGUUCAAGAGGACAAAGUCUUACUGAAGAAUAUCACGCUUUGAAAUCUGCUUACCAAGCUUUACAAGAGAAAUGCAGUACUUUAGAAAUUAAAGCAUCCAAUGUGGAUACUCUCGAAAGUGAAUUAUUGAUGUAUCAAAACAAUUGCAGACAGUUAGACAGUGAUUUGAAACGAAUUAUGUCGGAUCAUGAAAACUUAUUAACUCAAAAGAAAAGAGACAUCGAAGAGCUUGAAUCUGAGUUCCAUACACAAAUAGAACAUUCCAUUAAAGAAAAGAAAUUACUGAGCGAAAAAUAUGAAAAAAUUGUCGAACAUGUUUCCCAAUUGGAAACAAAACUAGAAGAGUAUAGAAACACCAUAGAACACCUUAAUGUAAAUAUAAGAGAAAUGGAAGCUGAAAAUCAGAAUUUGGUCCAGAAAUACUCAAAUCCAGACAAAACUUCUACUCCGGACUAUACAGAACAAUACAUAAGCGAAAUCAACAGGCUUAACUCUUUAUUGAAUAGUAAAAAUCUAGAAAUCACAGAAAUAAACAAUUCGAAACUAUUGAUGCAAAGAAAUAAUUUAUCACAAAUAUCUUCAUUGGAAAGCAAAAAUAUGGAUUUGUCUGAAAAAUAUGAAACUCUAUUGAGAGAAGUUAACAGCUUAAAUUCAGAAAUUGAGUCUCUUAAAAACGACAUAAAAUAUCUUCAUGAAACAGUGAGUCAAAAAGACGAACAUAUUAAACAACUCAUGGAGAAAAAGAAGUUAGUGUUCGAAAUGAACAUACCGAAGACAGAAGGACUAACAAUUUCAUCUACUAUAGAAGAAAUUGAUAACAGUCAACCUCCAUUCGACAUCUCAUUACUCCAAUCACAGAUAAUAUCUGACACAGAACCAUUACAUGUUGAUCAGCCGAUUGUAAAACGCAGUGUCGAAUCCGUGCAGCAACAUUCAGAGGCACGUGCUCUCGCUAAAGGAGAAAUAGAACCAACCAUCACUCCUAAGAAAACCUACCUUUGCUAUAAGGAGGAAGAAAGUGCUGAUGUGGCGGAGAGCGAUCCCUUCAAUUCUGACGAGGGCUGGGGCUUCGGAACUCAGGAAGUAACAGAAGAUGUAAUCCCUGGCUUAUCUCAUUUGAAUCAACAAAUACAAGAACUUAAAGAAACCAAUGAGAAACUCAAAUCCGAAUUGAAGACCACGAAUGCAAAAUUAUUAAAAGCUUUGAAAAAACUGAAAGAUUUGAAAUCUGCUAAUGAUGUUUUAUCCAAUGAGCUUAAAAUAUCAAAACAGAUAUCACAAUCCUCGAUUCUGGAUAUGGCGAUUGAGAGCGAACUAUCAAGUAAUUUAAAAAUGUUGGAAACCAAAGUCGAGGGACUCGGCAGUCAACUAAACGAUGAGAAACGAGAUAAGGAAAGUUUAAGAAAACAAAACGAAGUUCUGAGACAGAACAAUGAGAGGCUAACUGAAACGAAGGAAAAGUUAGAAAACGAAUUGGAAUCAUGGAAAGUUAAUUACAGACAAGUCAGUGGAAAACUAUCUACAGUGCAAUGGGGUGGAGAUAACGCCAACACAGAAGUAACAACAGUCGCGCAGACUACGUCUAGGCAAAUGUCUAACGUUAAUCCAGACUUAGAAAACGAAAUAGAUAAACUAGAGAAAGAAAACGAUGAGUUGCAAUCCAUGAUCGACGCUUUAAAUACAAAAAAUAAAGAUCUAUCCAAUGAACAGACACAUUUGAAAGAAGAAAUAAACCGCCUUAACAUACAAAUACAAGAGCAAAAACAAUUAUACGAUAACUAUGAAAGUUUGAAAACUUGUUUGGAAGAAAUACAAGAUAUCAAUAAGUCCUUUCAACUCGCCAACAAAGAACUCAAAGAUACCGUCAAUAAUAUUGAAGUACGGUACAAUGAAGCUAUAGCCAAUUACGAGAUUUUGAGAACGACUUUAGAAGAGAAAGAAAUGUACUUUAAAAAUACCGAAACUGAAUUACAAGAUAAGAACUUUAAAUUGACAGAAGAAUUAAAAUCUUCACGUCUUUUCGAGGACCGAGCCAAUUCAACCAUACUGGAAUUAAACUCAGAAUUGGAUGAAUUAAAGUCUCAAUUGUUACUAGCUCAAGAGAAACAAAAUGCACAGACGUCAUCCGACGUAAAUUCAUUGUUACUAUCAGAAAAAUAUAACUCGAUGGAGCAACAUUGUCUACACUUAAAAUCUACUUUGGAAGAAACUUCAAUUAGGCUCCAACAACAACAACAGGAAAAUAAGGAACUUCAAGAUAGAAUCGUGGUAUACGAAGAACAAAUCAGAGAUCUAAAUAUCAAGCAAAACAUGAGUCUAGAAAAUAAUCAACAACAAUGUCUACAAUUACAGAACACUGUCGAUGAAACAUUAAAUAAGCUGCAAAUACAACAACAAGAAAACAUGCUACUACAAGAAAAAAUAAAGGAAUACGAAAGACAAGUAGCCGAUUUAACAAUUAAUUUACAAAAUCUUCAAAGCGAAAACAACCAAGCAUAUUCUGAAGAUUUAAAAUUAGCUGCGAGUGAAGCUAUAAGCAAGCUGCAGGUUCAAGAACAAGAAAAUGCAGUAUUACAAGAGAAAAUUAAAGAGUAUGAAGCUCAGGUAAAUGAUAUGACGAUGAAGUUCCAAAACCUCAAUAGUGAAAACGAUCAGUUACUGUCUACUGUGACUGAGUUACGUUCAUCUAUAUCCAGCGCUAUGGAUCAGCGUGGAUUUGAAAUUGCUGAACUCUGGAAACAGCACCUGGCACAAAGAGAAGGCGAAUUCCAAAAAAUAGAACAGGAUCUUAGAAACCAACUGGGCGUCGCUGAAUCUAAGUAUGAACAACUAUUAGAAAACGUGCAGUCUUCAAGCCAAGAGGAGACCAAUAAGAUAAUUAUGUCAGAGCAAAUAAAUUCAUUACAGAAUAAAUUGAUAGAAAAAGAAGAGCAUCUUUUAAGUAUCCAAAAUAAAUACGCUGAAGCCAUGAACCAAUUGGAUAUGCUCCGAUCGGAAAUGGAAGACGAGAAAGUUAUGAACGAGAAUAAAUUGUUCGUUAACCAAGAAGAUAAUGAGAGGAUUAUAAAUGAAUUGAAUAAAAAACACGAAGAAGAUUGUAAUGAUUUGAAAUCUCAACUUUCUGCUCUGCAAGUGGAAUUAGAUGCAACAAAAAGAGUUAACAUUGAAUUGGGACAACAAAUAGAAGAACUACACAAUAACUAUAAAUCACAAAUAGCAGAUAUAUCAAAACAAUUACAGCUUAAAGAGAGUGAAGUAUAUCAGAAGACUCACGAGUUCACAGUUAGUUUGAAACAAAGAAACGACGAGUUUGAAGCUGUGAGGCAGCAGUUGAUUGAGUAUGAGAAGAAACUAGAAGAUACUAUAUACGAAAAAGAAUCUGAACUCGCGAUACUACGGCUCAAACUACACGAGCGUACUGAGAGCUAUGACAAGAUUAACAAAGAUUUGGAAGCCGAAAAGAAUAGUUUAGCCGAAGCACUUAAUGAAAAAAUAAUUGAAUGUACCAAUUUGAGUAAACAGAUAGUCGAUCUAAACAAAGUUAUUGAAGAAUAUGCAAACAAAGCAGCAGAAACACAGAUAGUAUUAGAAAGCCAGGAAAUAGAAAUAGUCACUCUUAAGAGUGAACUAUCAGACCUCAAUGACGCUUUCAGAUCAGCGAGAAAUAAAAUUGAAAAGCACGUAACUUUCGCUUCUGAUACAAAACAGGGACAAGAGGCCGAUAUUCCUGAGAAAGAUCUAUUGGAUUCAGUGCCUAGAGCGGAAUUAGAUUUAGCACUAUACAUGUUGCACCAAAGAGAUGUGAGAUGCGAGGAACUUACAAUGGAACUGACUCAGUUACUAGAAGAGAGAGAUACUUUACAACUACGACUCUCAGAUAGUAUACGAUCCUACGAAGAGUUGAAGUCUCGCUACGGUAGUUCGGCUCUAGAUGCAUCUGUCAGUUCCAGUCAUGACAGUGUUGCGGAACUGCCGAGCUUCACGAUGGAAAAGGAGCGUCAAUUCGUGGAUACUCACAGGGCACAGUCUUCCAGGAGUAGUAGCUUCAGUGACCCUGAUGGAGAGAAACCGAAGUUACAGGCUAAGUUAUCAGAGCUCCGUACAGUGCGGCACAGUAGGGACGUGCGGCUGAGGCAGGACAGCGAGCAUCGGCAGCUUGAUAUGAGGCUGCUGCAGAGAGAUGUGGCCAGUCUGCCGCCCGAGGCUGUGGAGCGACUGGCGCAGGCGCACCACACGCUCUCUCGAGAUUCUCAAAGCACUCCCACCGUUCUGCUAAACUGGCUCCGUGGGAAAAGCACUCCGAAGGUGGUCCACAUGUGA